AUGGAAUCGCGUAACGAUAUCAUUGGACAACGAGACGAUCUCAUUGGUUCGUUGGACCCUGGUGACUGGGAAAAGAAUCGCGUAUGUAUGUAUGUACGUACGUAUGUAUGUAGUACUUUGGAUCUGGCCUGUGCAACCGGUUGCAGAGUUUCGCGCUGGGUAUCGGGUAUUCGGUAUUGGGUAUUGGGUAUUGGGUAUUACGCGAGCGAAUUCGAGGCGCGUAGCGACGCGUUGCCCAGAAAAACGACGUUCGACUGGCCCAAGUGGAAAAGGCGGGAGCAAUUUUUCGAAAGAGGCAAUUAUCGAUUCGUGUGGUCCCCGCGAUCGCAGCCGUUGCAAGAAGCGGAUAGAGACAUCGGCCACAUUCCAGGGCCAAAUCGAGUCGUUUAUAUUCAAGCUUGUGAUUUCCUGCUUGUGACAACUCCAAGUUUUCAAAAGCUUUGGGAAAAUUUCAAGUCGCUUGUCAAUUCACCGAUGAAACAAUUCGUUAAAUCACUGUAUAUGUACGGGUAUACGUAAACACUAAACGUACCGAUCACUAUUCUUACCGUAAUACGGGUUUUUUUACGAAAAGAAUGCAGAUGUCAUAAUUGUCAAUUUAAUACAGGAAAUAAUGCACAAAAUAAUUUUCGGACAAUAAAAAAGAUUUUUUUUUUUUUUUUUUGAACGAAAGAAUUUUAAAUCAAAUGUUUAAACCGGUCAUCUGUACGUUCAGUGUUAACGUAAGUAUCUAACGUCGUAUUUAAUUGCGACUGACUUUUCAUGUUUUAGAUCGUACGUGGAUGCUGUUUCGCAUUUUCGUAUCAUCCGAGUGGGAUGAAAUUUUAUUUUCAAAAUAAAGAUAUUUCUUCGGACUGAUACAUCUUCUCGCUAGCAAUAAGAAGAAGCUGGUCGAUCGCGACUUGGACGAUCGAGUCUCGAAGAUAAUCUCCUCGGUACGUUUAAUCGUAGAAGAAUAAAUCGACACUGUUACUUUGUUAAAACUCACAGGUGGCAUUCCGUGAUACGUUGCAGCGCAGAUCCUCGGACGACGAGUCCCACGCCAUGGAACAUUCACGUCGCGAUCACGUUCGAGCAUUUCACCCG